AUGGCUAUCGUCGCGCUAGUGUUAUGUCCGCGUCUUGCAAAGGACGCAAUGCCUUUUUAACGCCAGAAAUGUCUACCGGCUGGAAACAGCUGGAAGCCACACCGGGGGGAGUGUGGAGGUCGUGUCCGAGAUAGGAGCCCGUAUGUCGGCUAAGCUUGGGCUCAUGGGGGCGACGGUGCGGCUGCUGCUGGCGGGGCUGCUGUGGCUGUGCCCCGCCGUGCUGUGUGCAGCCGCAGGCUGCGGUGAGCGGGUGGAAGUCCACACAGAACGGAGGGGGGUGAUUUACAGCCCCUCUUGGCCCGUAAACUACCCCCCAGGAGUCAACUGCAGCUGGCACAUCCAGGGGGGUCACGGAGAGGUCAUCACCAUCAGUUUCCGGGUCUUUGACGUGGGAGAGUCCGGCACUUGCGAGGGGGGAGACUGGCUGCUUAUGACCGCUACGGUGUGGAGGGGGGAGUCCCGGCUGUGUGGCUCCAAGAGGCCUCCACCCUUCAUCUCCAGCAGGGGGCGCGUUUGGCUCUACUUUCACUCCGAGGCCAACAGCUCAGGACAAGCUCAGGGAUUCCACCUGACCUACAUCAAAGGUCACCUGGGUCAGAGCAGCUGUCAGUCAGACGAGUUCCUGUGCGGGAAUGGCAAAUGUCUUCCUCACUCAUGGAAGUGCAACGGCCAGGACGAGUGCGGCGACGCCACAGACGAACGUGGCUGCUCGCCGCCUCCCACCGAGGCCCAGCCGGGCCUCUGCCCCCACGGGACCCUCACCUGCACCGCGGCUCAGUCCACCCGCUGCCUGCCCGCCUUCCUGCGCUGCGACAAAGUCCGCGACUGCCCCGAUGGCUCUGAUGAGCUGGGCUGCCCCGAUACUACUUGCGGGAAACGUCUGGGGAACUUCUUUGGGUCUUUCGCCUCCCCGGAUUUCUUCCGGGUCAACCGGAGCGAGGUGGCAGAGCUGAGGUGCUCCUGGUUUUUGGACACGCAGGACCCCAAGCCCAUCGUGCUGCAGCUGGACCUGCAGCUGGGACCAGGGGACUCGCUGCACGUGUACGACGGGCUUCUGCACCGUGCCGAGCACCUCCUGCAGGUGCUGUCCUACCACAACAACCGGCGGCCGGCCUUGCUGGAGUCCAGCCGAGGACAGAUGAGCGUGCUGUACAUGGCCAAGCCUGGCAGCCCCGGGCGUGGCUUCAACGCCACCUACCAGGUCAAGGGUUACUGUUUUCCCAGCGAGCAUCCUUGCGGGAGCGACCAAGGUUGCUACUCUGAACAUCAGCGCUGCGACGGAUACUGGCACUGUCCGUCCGGGCGUGACGAGGAGUCCUGCCCGAUGUGCUCGGACGGCGACUUCCCGUGCGGCGGUGACACGGGCGUGUGCUACUCUCCCUCGGAGCGCUGCAACAACCAGAAGAGAUGCCCGGACGGCUCGGACGAGAAGAACUGCUACGACUGCCAGCCCGGAAACUUCCACUGCGGGACCAACCUGUGCAUCUUCGAGACGUGGCGCUGCGACGGGCAGGAGGACUGCCUGGACGGGAGCGACGAGAGGGACUGUCUGACGGCCGUGCCCAGGAAGGUGAUCACGGCCGCUCUGAUCGGAAGCCUCGUCUGCAGCCUCCUGCUGGUCAUCGCGCUUGGCUGCGCCCUCAAACUGCACUCGCUUCGGAGUCGGGAGUACAGAGCUUUUGAGACUCAAAUGACUCGCAUGGAGGCGGAGUUUGUUCAGCGGGAGGCUCCGCCCUCUUAUGGCCAGCUCAUCGCGCAGGGUCUCAUCCCGCCUGUGGAGGACUUCCCAGCUUACAAUCCCACCCAGGCAUCCGUGUUACAGAACCUGCGUUUGGCCAUGAGCAGACAGAUCAGACGCCACACGACCCAGCGCUCCUCCUCAUCGUCGUCACAGCGUCGGUUGGCUAACAUGUGGAGUCGCAUGUUCCGCCAAGCCAGAGGCCACGCCCCUCUGCUGGACCCCCCUGCUGGCACGCACAUUACCCUGGGGCUCCACAGCUACCAAACCGCAGGAAGGCGACGGGUCCAGGUCGACGCUGGCGGGCGUGAUGUCCACUUUGAGGCCCCGCCAGGAAGCUCGGCUGGCGGCGACCUGCAGGAGUGCACGUCAGAGAGUCCCGCCUCCCCUCUUUCCUACCAAUCAGAGGACAGUCCUGAAGAGGUGGCGCUAUCUCCUGUCACUCGGGCUCCGGACCCUUCCACUCCUGGUCAGAGUGACGCUUCAGGACUGCCGCCUCUUCUUACCGCGCCUCGGUCUUCUAGAAAACUGGUUCUGGAUCUCAAGGGGGUCUCCCUUAGACGCUACUCUCCUCUCGGGCCGCUCUCACCGCUCCCCCACGCCACGAUGCCCGCCAACUCCCAGCCCCAUCCCCUGGGGAUCACGUCCAGUGAGUCGCCGUCGUCUUCAUCGUCAACGUCUCCGGAAGGGGAGGGGCGGGGCAAGGACACGAGGCGCGGGGAGAAGCAUAGCAUGGAGGAGAAGAGGAAGAGGAGACGGACGAGGAAGGGCAGGACAGCGGCAUGUGGCGACGGUGCCCAUUCAGGGAGGGAAACCGCGUCGUGUUGAUACACGCUAAGCCACCUAGAUAAAGUGUCCUUGAGGCUCCGCCCCCUUACAUACUGUCGCAUCAGUCAAGGUUCAAGCGGGUCAUCGUGUCCAAUUUUUACAUCCCUCAUGACUUAUGGGUGGAAACAGGUUGUGACGCCAUGGCCACCUUUCAGUCCACGCCGAUAUCGGCCGAUAACGCCGAUAUGCACCGCUAGCCGGCUAAUGGCAGCUGCCUUGUCAUGUGAUAACUUUUUCAUCAGGGAAGUGACCGUUUUUGUCACGAAAGAUGACAUAAGAUCGUUUUGUUGACAGGGAGAACAGUUAUGACUCAAAUCAGUCCUUCUGUGAGUGAGAAGGCUACUUCCUGGUUCCGAUGGCAAUGACGUGAAGCGUUCAGACUGGACGGACGUUCUGGGCAAAUAAAUUCCCAAAAGGGACUUUAGAAAAACGUAGAGAACUUUGUUUGUGGGGGCGUCGGUUAUGCAAGUUAGCGGACCACUUCCUGGUUCUUGGUGACGUGAACACCACCGUUCGCAAUGCGGGGAACAGUCCCGUUGUCAUUUUUGUUAUUUUCAGUAGCAAGCUAGCAGGCUACUUCCUGUUUAAUGGACCGUCUGAUGCCAGGAACAAACCGAAGCGACUCAACAUUUUUGGGCGUAAUCCUGCCAGGAGUCAAAACGAUGCCUCCUGCCUUUGACGUGCUCGUAUUUACAACGGAGCAUUAGGGCCACAUUGGGAAAAAAACCCUCUGAUUUAAAAAAUAAAGUCGUCAAAUUCAGAGAAUAAACCCGUAAAGUUAUGAUAAAAAAUUGUACAUUUAAGAGAACUAAGUCAUCAUAUUACCUUUGCCCAAGGUUUAAGGUCACACAAGUCCCCAAUUUUCAUACCUGUCCCAGGCGACGCCUGUUACGACGGCAUAUUAAAAUAAUCUGAGAUUUCGAAAAUAAAGUUUAUGAGAAUAAAAUUGUGAGUAUUUGACAAAAAAAAUCUUAAUAUUACAAGAAUAAAGUCUUCAAUUUAUGAGAAUAAACUGGUAAGUUUUUGUAACAGUCAUUGCCCGAGACAGCUAGCCAUGCUAACAUAAAUGCUAAAUUUUCAACUGUUUUGUAUGGCUGCCACGUUAUUAAUAAAAUAUUAUAAUAGUAUGAGAAGAAAGCCUUCAAUUUAUGUCAAUAAACUGGCAAGUUUUUAGUAGCAGGCAUUGCCUGAGACAGCUAGCCAUGGUUAGCCAUGCUAACCUAAAUGCUAACUGCUCAACUGUUUUGUUUUGCUGCCACGUUAUGAAUAAAAGCUUGAGGAAAGUUUCCCUCCUUCAUGAGGAACCAUGAGGAACCAUGCUCUGUUUUCUCUCUGACACGUAAGACACGAUGACAAGUUAUUCUCGUAAAUUUUCCGACCUUUUCUCAUCAAUUCAUGAUUUUCUUCUUGUAAAUGUAUUACUUUAUCGUAGAAAUCUGAGCCCCCCCCCCCCCUCCCAAUGUGGCCCCAAUACUCUUGUAUGUAAUUACGAAAUACGUCUUUACCCUGCUUGAUGACGCGUGGUGAAACCCCGCCUCCAUUUUCCAUGUGGUGCUCUGGAGAUGAAUGUCCACAGACUGUUCCCGGAUCUUCGUCCCACUGACUGCCUCACAAACAUAUACCUCUGCUCUGGAACGUUCUCCAUCAAUUGGACAUUCCAUACCGGUGUAUUUUUCUUCCGUCUGGCUGAGCUCAAAGUGCCAUGCUGCCCCGCCAUCCUUCCUCCUGCUGCUGCCGCCAUUAGAGAUGCCUACCUGCCACGACUUGUGCCAUUUCUGUCUGACAUGAUUCUAUCUCGUGCUUUUUGCCUCGUCUUUCCUAUUCAAGUAGUUGAGCUGCUUUGACUUCCGUCCACAAUGCCUUAACUAACACGUCUUGCUGUCCCUGUCAUGAAAUCACCAGUUUACUUGUUGAAGAGAUUACAUUUGGCCCGCAGGUGUCGACUCAGGGCAAUUUUCUGGCCUGGAUGUUUUUUGUUUUUUUUUAGCUUUUUAGCUUGCAGGUAUCAAUACUGGAUCAAUGUCACUAAAAAGGUCAUCCACUCCUGAGCCGACUUGUCUCGUCAUAGCUUUCCCUCUGACUGUGUUUGGAGUUAAAUCCAUGGAUCAUUUGGAAAACUAUAUUUAUACAGCCUUCUCUUUGUGUUUUUGCCUGCGGUCAAUAA